UUUGUCGGUGUGUGUGUGCGUGUGUCUCUCCGUGUGUAGCUGGAUGGGGUGUCCCUCCUCCGCAGUUUUUUUUCUCCUGCUGCUGCCACGCUUUAGACGCCGGAGCGCAGGGAGAGAGGCGAGAGUGAGAGAGGUACCGCCGGUCUCUCUCACCGGGCUACCUGUGUUUUCAGUCUUACCUCGGGUCCCCUUCAGUUCCUCCUCGUCUCUUUUUUUUUUUUUUUUUUUUAGCUCACCUUCCUGUGGUCGUCUGGUUUAUGUUGGUUUUAAAAAAAGAUAAAAAGGGAAAACAACUGUGGUGAUUUCUGCAGGGGUUCAUGCGGUUUCGCUCUGCCCGGAGGAGGGACGCGGUUCUGGUUGGCACAAGGUUUUUGAUGAUCUUCUUUCCCCCCCCCUUUCUCUUUUUGGUGCGACAUUUGGACCGUACAGGACAGCCGAGCAGAGCCGAGCGUGGAUGAUCCGCCUCGCCGAAAACCCGAGAUGGAGUUGCUGCUGAUCUGCCUCUCCCUGUGGAUACUGCAACGCAAUUCGGCCGAAGCGGACUCCAUCAUCCACAUCGGUGCCAUAUUCGAGGAAAACGCCGUGAGGGAUGAUGAGAUUUUCCAACUCGCCAUCUCAGACCUGAGUCUGAACGACGACAUUCUGCAGAGCGAGAAAAUAACACACUCUGUGAAACUUAUCGAGCCCAACAACCCCUUCCAAGCGGUGCAGGAAGCAUGUGAGUUGAUGAACCAGGGGAUCCUCGCUCUGGUCACAUCCACCGGCUGUGCAGCCGCAAGCGCCCUGCAGUCGCUGACUGACGCAAUGCACAUUCCCCAUCUCUUCAUCCAGAGGAACGGGGAUGGCUCACCCCGAACCGCCUGCCAGCUCAACCCAAGCCCAGACGGAGAGAGCUACACAUUGGCUGCCCGUCCGCCUGUUCGGAUCAAUGAAGUGCUGCUCACCCUGGUCUCUGAACUGCACUGGCAGAAGUUCAUCAUCUUUUAUGAGAGCGACUACGAUAUCCGGGGUUUGCAAACCUUCAUGGACCAAGCUUCUCGGCUGGGUCUGGACGUUUCCUUGCAGAGGGUGGAUCGCAACGUCAGCCGUGUGUUCACUGACCUCUUCAGCACUAUGCGCACUGAGGAGCUCAACCGGUAUCGGGACACUCUGCGCCGGGCCGUGCUGCUCAUGAGCCCUCGGGGUGCACAGGUGUUCAUCCACCAGGCUGUGGAAACAAACCUGGCGUCCAAGGACAGUCACUGGGUCUAUGCCAACGAGGAGGUGAGUGAUCCGGACAUCAUGGAGCUGGUCCACAGCUCUCUGGGGCGGAUGACCAUCAUUCGUCAGAUCUUCCCAUUGUGGCGGGACACCAACGUUCGCUGUAUGAGGAACAAUCACCGCAUCUCCUCCCUGCUCUGUGACCCACAGGAAGGCUAUCUGCAAUCCCUGGAGGUGUCCAACCUCUACCUGUACGACAGUGUUUUGAUGCUGGCCAAUGCCUUCUACAGGAAACUUGAGGACAGGAAGUGGCACAGUAUGGCCAGCCUUAACUGCAUUAGGAAGUCUACCAAGCCAUGGAAUGGAGGAUGGUCCAUGCUGGACACCAUACAAAAGGGACGCAUCAGUGGACUGACGGGGAUGAUGGACUUCCGCGCUGAAGGCUCUAAUUCUCAUGUCCAGUUUGAGAUUCUCGGAACCAGCUACAGUGAGACAUUUGGUAAAGAUGUGAAACGGCUGGCGUCGUGGGACUCCACUCGUGGUCUGAAUGGUAGCCUGAAGGAGAAUCGGAUAGAGAGUGGUAUGCAGGGAGUGACGCUCAAGAUUGUAACAUUACUGGAAGAACCUUUUGUGAUGGUGGCAGAAAACAUUCUGAGCCAACCCAAGAGAUACAAGGGGUUCUCCAUCGAUGUUCUGGACGCCCUCGCUAAGAUCCUGGGUUUCAAGUAUGACAUCUACCGAGUCGGAGAUGGGAAGUAUGGCUCAGCACUCCCUAACGGAUCCUGGAAUGGCAUGAUUGGAGAACUCAUUGGCAAGCGUGCUGACUUGGCAAUAUCGGCCAUCACCAUCACCCCGGAGCGUGAGAGCGUGGUGGAUUUCAGCAAGCGCUACCUCGACUAUUCAGUUGGAAUCCUGAUGCACAAGUCAGAGGAAAAGAUCAACAUUUUCUCUUUGUUGGCGCCAUUUGAUCUGGCAGUGUGGGCUUGCAUUGCCGCAGCCAUCCCUGUAGUGGGCAUCAUGAUCUUCCUGCUCAGGCGCAUCCAGGCAGUGCGAUGCCAGAACAGUGCAGGAGGACAUCCGCCACCUUCUGUCUCCACUUCACUUCAGAGCGCCAUCUGGAUCGUCUACGGUGCCUUUGUGCAACAAGGCAGCGACUCCAUCCUAGGGUCAGUUGCUCUGCGGAUCGUCAUGGGCAGCUGGUGGCUCUUCACCCUCAUCGUGUGCUCGUCCUACACAGCGAACCUGGCUGCCUACCUCACAGUGUCACGCAUGGACAAUGCUGUCAGGUCGUUCCAGGACCUGUCCAAGCAGGUGGAUGUGGUUUACGGCACCGUGAGGGAUUCGGCCGUGUACGAGUAUUUCCGGGCCAAAGGCACCAACCCUCUGGAGCAGGACAGCACGUUCGCCGAGCUCUGGAAGACCAUCAACAAGAACAACGGUUUCGAGAACUCUGUCUCUGGCCCAUCGGAGGGCAUCAAGAAGGCAAAGCGAGAGUCGUAUGCGUUUCUGUGGGACAUGGCGGUGGUGGAGUACGCUGCUCUGACGGACGACGACUGCACGCUGACCGUGACAGGGACCAGCAUGAGCACCCGAGGCUACGGCAUGGCCCUGCAGCACGGCAGUCCCUAUAGAGACCUCUUCUCCCAGAAGAUUUUGGAGCUCCAGGAGAAAGGUGACCUGGACAUCCUGAAGCAGAAAUGGUGGCCAAAGAAAGGCCGCUGUGACCUGCAGAGCUACCAAGAUGCCCAGCCGGAGGGACGUGCGCUGCGUCUGCACAGCUUUGCCGGCGUGUUCUGCAUCCUGGCUGCCGGGCUGCUGCUGGCCCUGCUGGUGGCCGCCCUGGAGACCUGGUGGAACAGCAACCACUGCCGCAGAGAGCAGCCCAAAGAGCAGGUGACUAAGGAUUACGCUCUGGAAAUGGUUUCUGGUCCAUUGACAUAUAAUGACAUUACGAGCACUUCACCUGAAGGGAGGCGGGACAUGUGGACAGGACAAAGAGGUGAACCUGGAACAGGUCCACCACCGUUUGAACAGCCUCCUGGACGAGGACUUGGCCCACAAGCAGCUGCCAGGCCAGUCUAUCGAGAUAUCUGCCCUGGACAUUGGCAGCAUGCAGCCCAGCCAGUCCCUGGAAGUCUUAUCUGCUCGGGACUACCCUCGGGGGCCGCGGCCAAUGUCCGUGACCACCUUCCUUCAGGAGGGUCAUGGGCCAGGAAGGACACUGGGAGCAGCGGCUUGCAGGACCUUGCCCUUGCCCCUCAGCAGUGCCACCAUGCCCUCUAUCCGCUGCAAACACAGGGCACCCAACGGCAGCCUCUUCCGGCAGAGCCCAGUCAAGACACCCAUGCCAAUGUCCUACCAACCAGUGCCAGGAGGACCUAUCCCAGAAGCCAGCGAGCCCAGCCAUGGGACAUCCAUCUGAGCUCACCGAACAUUCACAGACACUCAAGCUCAAAAUGGAGAGCGGAACAGAGUGCUAACAGUGUGAAGAGAUAUAAAUAAAACACUAAAAAAGGAUUUUUAUAACCAGUGAUGGAGAGUCAGUGGGGCGACACAUGACAUGAUACUGGGACUAAAAUGUACAUAUUUGUAAGUACAAAGAGAGAUAGAAGCAACAUUAAAAAAGUGUAUUUUGAAUAUCCUCAACAGUUGAGUUUAAAAAACAAAAAUUAUUGAAAAAAGUGACUGUUGAAUGGCUUUGUAAAUUUUGUUCUCAAUAAAUAAAGGUUCUUUGUGGUUAUUUUCUAAGUGCCAUGUUCAAAGAUGUUGUCUUUCAGAUUAACAUUAACUGAAUGUACUGUAAGAAUUCAUGACAAAAAGACAUUUCACAGUUCAAAGACAUUGGAAGAAUUGAUUUGUUUCAUAUGAAAAAAAUA